AUGGCGAACGACUCAGAAGCUGCCAUUGCGCAGCCCUUAUCGACUGAGCUCCCUUUGCGAACACAGCCUGACGAUUCUACCUUUGACAUCGUCGCCACCUACAGAGACCUCCUCGCCUCCGACCCCGACCUCACAAAACCCGUCGCCGCCAUCGAAUCUCUCAUCGCCCUCCUCAACACCGUCCCCUCCACCACCGUAUACGAGACGCUCGACACCGUCAAAUCCCACUCCGACCUCCUCAAGGCCUCCGUCGAGAACCCGCUGCCCCUGCAGGCGGGCACCGACCUCUUCCUCCAGUACCUCGUCUCGUCGCUCAAGCAGCAGGACGGCAACUUCGACGCCGUACGGCAGCACCUGCUGCGCAAUGGACGCCUGUUUGCGAGUAGGGCCAUCGCAGCCAGGAACGGCAUUGCGGAAGCGGGCUGGCGCUUCGUGCGGGAGGGCAAGUGCGUGCUGACCCACGGCGCGUCGCGAUCGGUGACGGGGCUGCUGGAGCGGGCGGCCAAGAACAGCGAGGGCAAGUUCCGGGUCGUGUACGUGCGGGACGAGGUGCGCGCCGAGGAGAGCGACCGCGUGGUCAAGGAGCUGCGGAGCAAGGGCAUCCCGGUUGCAGAGAUUUCAGAGGCGGCGGUGGCACAUGUCAUGGGGCUGUUGCGACAGGUUCACAUGGUGUUUGUGGGCGCUGAGGCUGUGACGCAGAAUGGGGGCAUUAUUUCUCGUAUUGGCACUUUCCAGGUGGCCAAGUUGGCCUCGCAGGCCAAGAUUCCGUUUUACGUCGCUGCCGAGACACACAAGUUUGUGCGCAAGUUUCCUUUGGACCAGAGGGAUAUUGGAUAUAAGCAGGAGGUGCUGGAUUUCUCGGCUACGGAAUCAAGCAAGCAGCCCAAGGAUGCUGUUGACUACACGCCCCCGGAACUCAUCUCAAAUCUGGUCACGGAAAACGGCGUUCAUUUACCCGGUUAUGUAUUUGAGCAGCUUCUUGAUAUAUACGGCAGCUUGAACGGCUAG